AUGGAGCAGUCCGCGUCUCGCCUCUUCAGCUUGUUCGACGAGCUGCGCAAGGCAGACCGCGUCGAGCACGUUCUACUUUGUCCGUUUGUUUCGUCUCUGCCAAGUCUCGUCGUUACCCGGCCGUCUUCUCUCGAUGUCUACGACAUUCACUUCCCGUCGGAAAGCCGCCUGCCGAGCAACCGAUCCGAGACCUCGGCAAGCGGCGCGUACCCAGCUGAAUCGGGUCUUCUUUCGGAGUCUGUUGCGUCUUCGCGUGGCCAACUUGGAGGCAUCCACGCGAGCUCUGAGAAGGCGACACCUGGCCCCGUCCUCUCCCUUCGGUGCUCAACGCCUCUCGCUGCAGUUCCCCUCGCCAUUUCCGUCAUUCCUGGCGCCUCGGCCGCCUGCAAGGGUGCCCACCUGCAUGCAGGUGGAGAACCAGGAUCUCUUGGCGUCAGUCCCUUCUCACCCUUCCUGCCUGCCUCCUCUUCGGUCUACCCUCUCUUCUCUCCGUUCCCCUCGCCUCCCAGUCUCCUUCCUCCGCCUGCGACGUGUUCCGGCACACUCGCCUCAGACGCAAAUGCUGGCGAAGCGGGAAGGCCCCAGGCCGCCCACGCGCGCGAAACGGGCCCUCACCCCGCUUCGUCUCUUGCUCUGUCCGCGCCGGCCGCCUCAGACGCGACCUUGCCGUCCUCUGCCACCUCUGGGCCUUGCUGCUCGCUUCUCCUCGUCUUCCCCAACUACCAACUGGCUACCUGUGUCUACGAUCCGUUCUUCAACUGCAUUCGCACGUCGACCCUUCACUCUUUCCAGCGAUGUCUUGCGCCGCUCGCCGCAGCCGUUUCCCAGCUUUACGUCGACCUCUAUCUGCCUCGCGAUCAGCGCGGCCGCGCCACGCGGCGAGGCGACAGCGAGGAGGGCCGAGCCGGUGCUGGAGGCGACGAGCAGGGAGACGAGGACCUCCCGGGGGGCCCUCGAGCGUUUGGAGUGGACGCUUGGACGGUGCCAGAAGGGAGCGCUGCGGGGCGAGACAGAGUGCACGAGAAAGAAGAACAUGGCCUGAUUCAGCUGUCGCAGAUGCCCCUCGAUUGGGCGAAGCUGUGGACGCAUGUCUGUGUUUUUUCCGAUCGAGACACCAUCGGGAAAGAAGAGAGAGACGAGACCUCGAAAAGCGGAAGUGGCGAGAGUCUCGUGGUCGUCUCCAUCGAUCCUAUUCACCUCGUCGUUCUCGAGCUCGUGCUGCCGCCUUGCCACAUGCAGUCGUCGGCCUGUGGGGUAGCCUCCUCAGAUGAAGUCGGACCCCGUCGUCACGCCUCGACGCAUCCACCCUCGGGGGCUCGCGAGGCUGCCUGCGGGCGACAUGUGAAGGACUUGCAAGGGCUACAAGGCGAGGCGCACGCACAGGGUAGCGAGGAGGCCGGCAGCCCCCAGGAGGCGGUGACGGCUCGCACGGACUCAGGGGCGAAGCCAGAGGCAUUGGAUGCAGAGAAUCGGGACACGUGGCAGGGUUCCGCAGGCAGUUUGGAUGCCUCCGGGGUGUUUGACGCUGACCUCGCGUCUCGCGCUCUCUCGCACGCGUCUGCCCAAUCGCCGCUUUGCUCUUCGCCUCUUUCCCCCCCCACCCACGCCGCGGAGGCGUCUCCAUGGUCGCGAGGCCCUCUGGCGGAAGCAGGACCGCCGCCCGUGUACCCUGCAGAUGCCGCGUUCUCGUUCUCGCCUUACGCGCCGUCUCCCCUCGCGCCCUUUGGACCGGCCGCGCACACACUCUCGCAAGAGCCUCUGGGCGCGAGUGGCGUCGAGGGGCUGGCGGAGCCCGUUGGGGCUUCGGCGGGCCCGUAUGGCCCCGGCGUGGGGCCUGCCGCCCCGCGACCGCGCGAGGAGACAGAAGGCCUCGCAGGGACGGCGGCAGUCGGCGCUCAAGCCGCGCCCGACUGGCUCUGGGGCGACCAUCGGAUCCUGGUCAGCGGCGCCUGCGUCCGAAGCUGCUGGCAUAUCUCGCUCCUCGAAGACCUCCCUGCGACGGUCUGUUCUGCCUCGGCUUCGAAGGCGCCGUCCCACGCUUCCACAGCUCCUCUCCACGCUGCGUCUCGCGGGAGACAGGCGGCGCUCUUGGGCGUGCGGCGGCCUGCGCCUCCUGCGGAAAGCGAGGGAGGCUGCGCCCAAGCCUCAGUGGGCGAGCUGUCGGCAGGGCGAAUUGUCGAGAUGAAGAAGGUGGCGGGGCGAAUGCUGCCGACGCUCGCCUUGCUCAUGGAAGUUGGAGCCCUGGAGUUGGGUGGAAUUUUCGGCGAGCUCAACCGAGGCAACCGGCGAGGCGAGAAAGAGCUCGUUGUCGUCGUUCUGGCCCUCAUUCCGGAACUCAGGGAAUUCCAGGUCAUGCGAAAAAUUCAGGGUAUUCUUCCCGACACCUUUUCGCUUCUGCCCCUCCCGGCGUCGCUCGGCGGCGACCUGCUGUGCAUCUCCCCCGACACAGUGAGCGUCCUGAGGACUCGAGAAGGCGGGGACGCGGCCUCGUCCCUGUCGGGCGCGGCGGCGGCGGCGUCGAUGGCGCGGGGCGCCGACCCCACACGUGCCCCCCGCAAGGGCCUUCUUUUCCCGGAGGAUCUGGAGACAGAGGAGGGCGCAGAAGGCAGCGCACUGCGAACCCUCGAGCGGAGCUUCGAAGACGACGAGGGCGAGGCCAUCAGAGAAGAAGACCUAUACCUCAAGGCCGUUCGGCGUGGAGCCGGCAGAGAUGGCGGCCUCACGCAGGUGGUGAACAGCGCAGGCCUGCAACGGUCAGAACUGGCGGCGCUUCCCACCGUCAUUUUUGACCAGAGCGAGAUCCAAGCAGACCUCGGAGGGUCCGUCUCCCACCUCGUCGGCGAGAACUGUUGUCUCUUCGUCCUCAAGAACAGCGGCCGACUUCUCCUCGCCCAUUUCGUGUCUCCCACUCCGAGCGCAGGAGUGACAGAUAUCUUUUGGAGUUUUCCUCUGGUCUCGUUGCCUUCUUCGCCGAGUUUCCCGUCUUCCGCUGCCUUUUCUCCUGCCGUUCUGGACGUCUUUCCAUCGCAGACGGUUGCGUCCUGUUCGCUUCCCUCUGCGUGUCUCUCGCCUCUCACUUGUCUCGAGUCCAACCCUCCUUCCUCUUCUUCGUCGCCUUCGUCUCCAGGCUUCGCGGUCGCCCUCGGUGGCUGCUCGCAGGCGGCCUCGGGCCUCGCGCUUCUUCUCUUCCUGCCGACGAGCCUGGAGGCGACUCGCCCGCCGUCUCGCGUCUCGCCCUUCUCUCUCUAUCUGCGCCGGUUUGAUGACAGCGCGGGGCGGGUGGUGUGGAAAUCUGAGGGUGUGGAGCCGCAAGUGGAGACGCGGGGCUUCUCCGUCGGGGCAGGCUGGACGCUGCUGGGAGCGCCCGCUCGCAGGCCGCCGGGCGAAGGCCGUGUCGACAUCGACGGCGAAGAGGAGACAGGCCGCCAGCUUUUCACGGUGGACGGCAAAGAGCUGUUGGAAAUCGACGCCGGCGGCGUCAUUCAACGCGCUCGCCAGCAGGCGCUGAUCCUGCGCCUCGAGGAGGAAAGCGAGCGGUGGCGACUCGACGAAGGCGACACUUGCGGGGGGACGAGUUCCAUCUCUCUUCCUGCUUCGGGCCCGUCGGAGGCGCUGGCGAACGGCAUCUCGACGGAACCCUCUUCGGCCGCCGCCGGUCAGAACCGCGAGGCCGCAACUGCCCCCAGAAACCCCGUCCGUUUCCUCAGGUGGCUGCACAUGCACGGCGAAGCCGCGCAGAGACUGGCGUCAGAGGCGACUGCGCCGACGACCUGGCCGGGGUCGCCUCUCCAAGACGUUGAGCAUGCGCUGGCGGAGACUCUGGCGGCGGAGCGAGCGCGCGAGGGUUUGCCCGCUGCCGGAAGUCCUUCGCUGCUUCCUUCCUUCAACGUCACCCUCGUGGAUUUGCUCUGCAUGCCCCGCAGUGGCUCGGUCCGCGACUUUGCCGAGUUUCCCCCGCACAUCUCCUUCGACGCGCUCCUAGCCGCGCCUCCGACCUACGCGGCGCUGCCUGCGCUGGGUCUGAAACCCGCGGCAGAGAACGGCAUCCCGCCUCCCCCCCCUCCGCCCCCGCCUCCUGCGGCGGCGAAGCUCGGCUCCGCGCCCUCGCCGCCGUGUUUCCAGUCUGCCACGGCUCUCCUCAACACGUGGGGAAGCACCACGUGGCUCGCUGCCUUGGGCGUGCGGCAGUUCGGGCGAUUGGUCUUCUCCCAGCGCGCCGUCCCGAGCGUCGCGAAACUCGCUGCGGCGCUGCGCCCGAGCGAUCAGCUGGCUGAACUGACAGCACUCUGGUCUCUGGAGGGCUUCCCCCUGCGCUCGCGCUCCUCGCAGGCCUGGGACGAAGAAGGCGCCCGCGAGGGGCUCCAGCGCUGCCGGCCCAGUCGGGGGGAGCCCGCGCGCGGCGGUCCGAAACACCGGUUUCUCCUUGUGACUUCGCAUCCGCAAGACUCGCGCCUCCCCGGCAGAACUGUCGUCUGUCAGAUUGCUCCGAAAUUCCUCCGAGAGGAAGAACGCGCCCCCGACGAAGGGGAACUCGAAAUCUUCCAGCACAAGUAUGGGUUAGCCGGGGCCGGCCGAAGCGCCUUCGCGUCUCCGUCUGCCGCGCGCGAAACAGCCUUCUGCCUCGCAAAGGCGACUGUCGGGUGCGGUACCAUGUGCGACGGCCUCCUCGUCUUUCAAGUGGCGACCGACGAGCUGAGAAUCGUCGCGGGUCUGCUGCCGUCGCUCCUGGUCGGCGCGCUUCCCGCGGCUUCGUGGGGCGACGGCGCGCCGCGCAUGCAGUCCCCUGAGGCCGGGGCUGCAGGCGGCGCCUCCCAACGGCUUCAGCCCGGACCAGAUGCGCAAAAAACGUGCUCCAGCGCGCCUGCUGGUGCCGAGAACCCCACUAGUUCCGGCACCCAGCCCUCCGUCACCUCCGCUGCGUCUGCAGUCCAAGCGCGUGUGUGUGAGCCGUUCGUUGUCGUGCUGGACACGGAGUUUCGGUUUCACCUGUGGAGGUUGGAUCGGCCUGUCGCCUCGUCACUCUGCGAGGAACUCCUGCAGGUGUACAGCGAUCAGCAACAGCAGGUGGCUCUCUUGGAGGGUCUGGACGAGCGCGAGAGAACGAAUCUGUCGUUUGCUUCCGCGGCGCCUUCGCUUUCAUCGCCCCCGGACAUCCGCCAGCUACUUCCGCAGAUCCCGCCGAAAACGCUGCCUGCCUCGCUGCGCCACGUGAACGUAAAGUCUGUCCAGCUCUUCCCGUAUCGGGUGUCGGCGGUCGCACGUCGAUGCGAAGGCGCGCUGAAAGACGAGAACGCAGGCGAGGGAGAAGGCGGCAGGCCGCCAGAGAGAGACGCAGCGCAUCGGGCAAAGACCGAGGAGGCUGAGGACAAGCUCAACGACAAAGCGAAGCAAAAGCUGGUAUGCGGGUCGGCGCGGAUGCGUUGCGCCAAGAAGGAAGAAGAGGCUUCCCAAGGGAAAAUGGUUCUCUUGUGUGCAGUGACCCUGCAGAGAGGCGUCCAAGCACUGCAGAUCAUCGAUCUCUUCUCGAUGACCGUUCUCUUCUACUCCGCAGACUUGGUGCUCGUGCCGCCCGUCUUGAGGAACGUCGCCAGCGAGGGCAGGGCGCUCUGUGUCUCUCGCCAAACUCGCGAGGCCUUCACAGACGCAGCGCGCUCUCUCUCGUCGCCGUCUGCUGACCCCCGCCCUGACAGAGCUCAGGGGUCUGUGAGCUCGCUGCAUCGCGAGCGCGUUUCCUUCCUCCGGGCGCUGGCUGGGGCGGAGACAGGCUCGCAUCCAGAGAGCCGACAGGUGAAGGAGGAGCGCGGCGGCGAGGAAGAGACAGUUGCGCGCGAGGCGGCGAUGGAGGGAUGCGAGUCGUUCGCGAACCAGGUCGGGUCGGGACCAGAAGGGGACGGAUAUGGAGGAGGGCGGCCGGCAAAGAGACACUGCGGCGGUGUGGAUCCUGAGGCCGAGGCAGAAAGGGGAGGGAGAAGCCUGUGGGCCUCGCCGCUGCUCUUCUCGGAUUGCCUGGAAGAAGUGCUGACGGCGGAACUGGUCGACUUGAGUCCCCGAGGCGGAGACGGCGCAUACGCAGCAGAUCCAGGGCCCACCCUCGUGGUGUUCAUCUCAGGGAGGCCGGUGCUCAUCUAUCGCGCCUUUUCUCUCUGGCCCGCGACUUCGGACGGAAAGAAACGCUGGAUGCAUCCCGCUUUGCCGGGCGCGCCAGGCCUCGAGCAGUUUCCGGAAGCCCAUCCGCAGUUCCCCUUUCGCUUUUCCCUCGUUGUGCACGACGUCGCAGACCCGAUCCCCAGCCGCAUCCCCGCCGUCUCGGGCCGGUCUCCGUCCGUGUCUCCGUCGUCUCCCCGCCCUUGUGCGGGGACUGAAUCGAGCCGAGCCAUCUUGGGUCUGCCCCACCCGCGGUUCUCCGCCGGGGCGGUUGUCCCCUUUGCGGGCGUCAGAGGCUCUGGCAGCGGCGCCUUCGUUGUGCCGCCGUCGAGCCGCUUCAUCUCGCCGCGGCCCGAAGAGGCGCAUGCAGAGACCAGUGACGAGAGUCAAGGCCCACCAAUUCUGUGGAUUUUCAGUGAACGGAAUCAACUCUUUGUUCACCCGCACGCACGACGGGAUGUGAUUGCGGUCGCGCCGUUCAACAACGAAGCGUCUCCAGAAAGCUUCUUCGCCCUGACGGCCGAGUCGUGCCUGGAGCUGUCCGAUUUGCUCCUCUCGCCGACUCUCGAUCUCCUUUCUUCCCGAUCUCUCCGGUCGCCUGCAGCCGCGCAGGUCGAGCUGCGGUCGCCGUGGCCUUCGCUGUCGAUGCCUGUGCACUUCAGCCCGUGCCGCGUGUGUGUCUCUGCUGGAAGUUCUUACCUGCAUCCGGUUAGCGCGCAGACGCAAGUCUCGCCCUUCGCUUCGCGGCCCAUCGCCGUGCGCGUCAAUGCGCCUCAGACGCCGCAGGCCCCGUCGGCGACGCUGUCCUUUCCCUCGAACGUCGCCGACGCGCUUCUCGCGUCGCUGUCUUCCGCCGCGCCUCCGCGCGGCCGCCUCUUCGCCGUCGCGGGCUGGCACGAAGUCGAGGAAGACCCGAUGGUCGCGGAGUGCCUCGCUGAGCGCAACGCAUUGCAGGAGGAACAGCUGGAACUUGAGGGCAGGCGCAAACGCGGCGCCGAGGAGCUCCCGCGGCCGGAAGAAGGCAAGGACGAAGACAUCUUCCCGAAUCCGUACCUCGUCGCAUGCACAGACAAACGCGUCGAAGCUGCCGGGAAACUCGGAAAACUCUACGAAGUUCGCCUCUACCACGAAUUCGACCUCCAAAAACCCAUCGGCUCGUACACCUUGCGGACCUGCGAAGAAGUCCUGAGCCUCUCGUUCGUUGUCCUGGACGGCGUGGAGCAUCUCGCGGCUGGUGUCGGCGUGCCGCUCUCGGAGACGAUUGAAUGCAGCGGCCGCCUCUAUCUCUUCAAGCUCCCCGAGUCGGCCAUGAGACUCGCCUCUCCCCCGCGCUCGGCCGACACGCCUGGCGACCAGGCAGAGUACGGGACUCCAGAGCGCCUUGAGUUGUUCGCCGACAUCGUGCUGAACGGGCCUGUGACCGUCGUUGGCAGUUUCUUCUCUUCCCCGGCGGAGCGCAGUUACGUCGUCCACUCUGUUGGUCCACGACUCUUUGUCCACGAAAUGGAGAGCAGCAAAUUCUUACGGGGAGCGUUCAGCGAUUCCUCUGUCUGUGUCACUGCUGUGGCCAAUCUGCGCAACUUCUUCCUCCUGGCCGACGCUCUCAAGGGCCUGAAUCUCGUCGCGUGGGAGUACCACGCGGAAGCAGACUCUCGGAAGGUCACGCGCAUUUCGCGCACCUUUCCAAAGUCGAACUUUCCAGUCGCUGCAUGUAGCUUUCUCGCCUACGAGAACCUGCUCGGAAUGCUGGCAACGGAUAUCGACGGGAACGUGCGACUGUUCUGCUACAACGCUGACAAGAAUGCCUCGGGAUUUGAAAAGCUGGAUAUUCUCCAGUGUGACGCCGAGGAUCGCUGCGCCGCCGGCUGUGUGGUGAAGCUCCAACAGUACGUCGUCGAUUCGGAGACAGUUGCUUCCUUGGGCGAAGCCGCCGACGGAUCGACUCUCGCCUUCCGCCUCCUCUCUGUGGAAAACCACGCUUUCCUUCAAACACUCCAAGACAGGUUGGCGCGGUAUCUCCCGGAACCUCUAGGCCUGUAUGCGCCGCUCGGCCGGUUGCCAGCGGGCAAUGUCUCUGUAUGGACGAAAUGGUUUUUCCGGUCGGCUGCGCUCGACAACGACUCCGACGACAAAAUCCUCGUUUCUCGGAAAAGAAUGCUCGACACCACGCUCCUCAAGGUAUUCCCCUUUCUCUCUCUCCCGGUGCUUGCGGGCGUGUUGGCCCCGUAUAUAAGCCGAGAGAGGCGACCACCCGAGACGAAAAAGAGCGAGACGGGCCUCGGCAGCGACUUCGAGGGGCGGCAGAGCGACAGACAGGGCGAGGUUGCCAUGGACGGAGAGAGGGAUGCAGAGGACGAAGAGGAAGCCUCGACGGUUUUCUGCCAAUUCAAAUCCAUGGCUUCGUUGCGGCACUUCCUCGUUUCCUCCGGAGCCCUCGAGGGCGCAUACACGCGCUUGCUCGCCUGA